GCGCUGCCGAUACAAAAGCCUGACUCAGAGGAAAUUCUGCGUCACUUGUAGCAUCAUUAUCAAGAUCAAGAUCAAGAGUAUUUUUUCUUUUUAUAAUUUUUGCAUCACUAGCGCCUUCCGCCAUCACCGCUGUGUAGUGCUGGUGUUGUCCUGCUCGGGACAGCACAAUGAUUGUAAUGCUGCCCAGAGCUGUGCCAGCUUUGACACGCAGCAAUGCCACUACAGCUGUUCACCACUCCGCACACUGGAGGCAGUUAUUGGCGUCAACCAGCAGACCUCUUGCACUGGGGCUCUUAGCAAGGUCUUAUAGUAGACAGAAAUUACUUUCUUCAGUUUCAGCCUGUACUCGGAGGGAUAAUGAGCAGUCAUCUUCAGUGCAGAGCUGUGGAGUUGUGCAAAAUCGAUCAUAUAAGAACUUUGGGCAUAAAAAAAUGUCUGAGCCCAGAGGAAAGAAAAUAUUUUAUGCUGCAAUUGGACUUGCAAUGUUAGGUGUUACAGUUGACUGGCCAUUUUUGAAGAGACUUCUCUCUGUGGAGGCAGCAAGUGUUGCUGAAACUGAUCAGGAACAUGACCUAGAGGAUGAGGAGGAAAAAAUAGAUAUAGACUCCUCAGAAGAGAGUGAGUCAGACGAUGCAGCAGUAGAGGAGAGAAAGAAGAAAAAGCGUGUAGGAUUUCGAGACAGGAAGAUAAUUGAGUACGAGAACAGAAUUCGGGCAUAUUCUACCCCGGACAAAAUUUUCCGCUACUUUGCCACCUACAAGGUAAUACAGCGGAUGGAUGGUGGCAAUGACAGGGCAGAGAUUUUUAUGACUCCUGAUGAUUUUGUACGAGCACUGACUCCGGGGAUGCAGCAGCCCAAUGGGUUAGGCCUCGACCAGUUCAAGAGAUAUGAUCCCAAGAGGAAGAAAUCUAGCAAUACCUCAGGAAUGGAUGAGUUAUCAGACAGUUGCAAGGAAGGGGAGGAGGAGGAGGAGGCUGAACAGGGACUUGAACUGAACACUUCCUGCAAACUUGAACUUGCUCUGGAUGAAGACUCAAUCUUCUACAAGCUGGGCAGUUCUGGCCUCAUUUCCUUCUCUGACUUUAUUUUUUUGCUUACUGUACUCUCAACCUCUCGCCGUCACUUUGAAAUUGCUUUCCGUAUGUUUGAUCUGAAUGGUGAUGGUGAUGUGGACUAUGAAGAGUUUGACAAAGUGGCCACCCUGAUACGCAACCAGACCAGCAUUGGGGCUCGCCAUCGUGACCAUGCCAACACUGGUAACACCUUCAAGGGAGUCAACUCAGCCCUCAGUACUUACUUCUUUGGCUUCACCUUGAAGGAGAAACUGACUAUCGAGAAGUUUUUGUCUUUCCAGCAGCAGUUGCAACAGGAAAUUCUCAGCUUAGAGUUUCGCCGCAAAGGUCCCAAUGAAAAAGGAUUGAUUACUGAGGCUGAUUUUGCUGAGCUGCUGCUGGCAUACGGAGGUUAUCCUACAAACAAGAAGGCCAGGAUGUUGAAGAGAGUGAAGAAAGCAUUCAAGGGUGAGGCUUCCCAGGGCAUCAGUCGCAUUGAUUAUCUGAAAUUCUUCCACUUCUUGAACAAUAUUAAUGAUGUUGAUACAGCCCUCACAUUUUACCAUAUUGCUGGAGCUUCCAUUGAUCCAGUUACUCUGAAGCAUGUGGCCAAGACUGUAGCCCAUGUGGAGCUCUCUGACCAUGUGGUGAAUGUUGUGUUCACCCUCUUUGACGAUAACAAUGAUGGCCAGCUCAGCAAUAGGGAAUUUGUGGCAGUGAUGAAAAACCGGUUACAACGAGGUCUUGAGAAACCCAAAGACACUGGGUUUGUUAAGCUGAUUGCCUCAAUGUUCAAGUGUGCCAGAGAGACCAAACCUGUCCUUCUGGAUAUAUGAGGGAAGGUGCGUGUGCAGGAUGCUGAGUUGAAGGAGGCGGAGUGGAAGAAGCACUGUGAGGGAUGCAACUGUCGGAAAGGCAAGCACCAACACUCUGAUGAAGAAAACAAGGAGGAUGAAAAGUAGUCCCCCAGUAAGUUGAAUUGAUUGAUAUUUGUGGAAGCAGAAUAACUUUUUUGAAGAGGAAGUGUAGGAUGUGUUGUUGAGAGGAUAGAAGUUAUCAUCAUGAAGGUGGAAGCAGGUGGGAGUUGUAAGAUGGGCCAGGUUAAAGAGAGAACAUUUUGACGAUUGGAAAGGAUGAUACGUCAUUGAAAUCUAAGUACAGGUUAUUGUGGUCAUCUAAUUUGGAAGAAUUUAGCAUGAUAUUUCUUUGAUGUAACUAUAAGGAUAAUCCAAGAAAUUAGUUAUGAAUAAUGAGACAAAUCUAUAGGAUGUUCAUUCUCAUCAUCAUCCAAAGAAUGUGGUGCCAAAUUAUGACAUCAUUGCAGCAUCAAUCAGCUAAAAUCAUGCAGAGUAAAGUUUUGCACUUGCAAAGACAAACUUAUGUAUUGUUUACUAGAAAGGCAAAUUUCACCAAAAAAUGAAUAAUUUGUAACACUUGCAAUGGAAGGGGAAAUUAUUACAACACAAAAAUGCUGAAUAUUAUAGAUCAACUUAAUUAAAUUUGAAAAUUAUGUUUCUUAAUGAAUAUGGAGAUGAAAGAAUGACAUUGAAAUAGAAGGAACAUAUACCACAGAGAAAAGACUUUUGAAAAAAAAUAGUUGUCUUACAGUUGUACUGCCAGCCAGCCUUUGACUUCACACAUCACUCACGAGAUAUCCCGAACUUUUACCUGAGACCAAAACCAGGGCAGGUCUAGGCUUCUCAGAUCCUCUUUUUCUUGCCUUUGAUUUCUUAUUUAAUAUGUACAUCCAGUAAGUAAGCUGUACUUACCUGCACAUUUGGUUUUCUGUUGUCACUGGUCUGUAAAUUGGAUUAAAUGUUGGUAGGAUUCUGAGGUUGGUGUGGCAGUGUGGAUGGAGAACAAUUUACUAAGAGAAAGAGAGAUGCUUGAAACUGAAUAGGGUCCCUCUGAAACUGUGGCAUUCCCAGCACAUGCAUACUAAUAAUAUAGAUUUUCUACCUAACAGGAGGAUUGAUUGUGUACUUAACAUAUACUAAAUUAGAUAGUGCUGCAAUUCAUUUAUAUGGAAAUUAUGAUAUUACAGUACUAUGUAGCAAGAUCUAUCUAUCUUAGACUCAAAGGGUAUAUUUUGGAGAUCUUUGUAUCUUUCCAUUCAUUUACUUACAGCAUAGUAAAUAAAAGGCACAAAAAAUAGAGUAGGCAUUGCUCUUUAUAUAUAAUAUAAAAGUUAGAUCACCUUUCAAGCACUAUCACAACUUGCACAUCUCCUUGUAUGCAUCUGAAGAUUUAGCUUACCAGGCUAGCAUUGCACUGUUUCAGUUGGGUUGUUUUGCUAAAGAUAGCUGUUAUAGAGAUCUCUAAGAUUAUCGCAAUUUAAUACUACUGAGAUAUAUUGUUCAUUGUUAACCAUUAUUUAUAAGUAUUUGCUUAAAUUUAAAGUCAUUGAGUAUUGCUGUUUUUAAAUAUGUAAACAAUAUUAUGCAGUUAAUACAAGAAUCACAGAUAGAGAUUUAGAAAACACAAGCAAAACAUGAUUAUGUGAUAUAGUAGAAUCAUUUGUAAAUUUAUAUAAUUUGUACAGAUGCUCGUGUAUGCAUAGAAAAUGGGAAAUCAAAAGCUAUUUAUUAUUUAUUAUAUUGUGUUAUUAUUUUUCUGGAUUUUGGUGAUAUGAUUGCUCGCAGCACCACUGCUUUCUAACGAUCUGUCUCAUGCCUCGUUAUCAUAAUCACUGUGCACCAACUCUGCUUUAUCUUCACAUUUUCAUUGAAAGGAAAAAAAAAAUCUUAUUCUUCAUCUUUAUUCAUCUUUAAACAGUUGACCCAAGGUGUGCUUAGCAAGUCCAUAGGUUUCAUUUUUUCAACGCGCUUUAAGGUGUGGAACAUGAGUGAAUGUUUGGUUUGAACGUGUGACCUGUCUGUCUGGUCCCAGUUGUCGAGGUAGGUUUGUAACACGUAGCUAUCCCAAUCACUGGUAGAGUUGGAGUGACAUGGAACGCCCACAGAUCAAAUACCCAGCUGGGAAUGGGGAAGUUGCUUGUCUUCAUGAAGUAGGUGGUAGAUUCCUGCUUUGGCUGGAUCUUGCGAUCAUUGGUGACCGUGGUGCUUUAGAGAAUCGUGAUAUAUAGUUGUAAUCCAUCAUAGUUUUCUUCCUCUUCAACUCUAUUGUUGAUUUAUAUGGUUACAAAAAAGUAACAGCCAUUUCGUAUGUACUCUAGUCGUUAUUUGCAAUAUAUAUUUUGCCCAGGUUGUGUGCGGACGGAUCGUUGAAUGAGUAUUUAUUUAUUAAGAGUGAAGCGUUUUACAGAUUUUCAAGCCUGAGCGAUGUUGUAAAGGCAAUUAUAUAUAAAUAAAUAUAAUAUGUUAA